AUGGAGAAUGAAACAGUCAGUGAACUGAACCAAACCGAGCUUCAACCCCAGGCAGUGGUGGCACUCGAGUACCAGGUCGUCACUAUCUUACUUGUGCUCAUUAUUUGCGGACUGGGCAUCGUGGGCAACAUCAUGGUCGUCCUGGUGGUCAUGAGAACCAAGCACAUGAGAACCCCUACCAAUUGCUACCUGGUGAGUCUGGCUGUGGCUGAUCUCAUGGUCCUGAUAGCUGCAGGCCUCCCCAACAUAACCGACAGCAUCUACGGUUCCUGGGUCUAUGGCUAUGCUGGUUGCCUCUGCAUUACCUAUCUCCAGUAUUUAGGGAUUAACGCAUCCUCAUGUUCCAUAACCGCCUUUACCAUUGAGAGAUACAUAGCAAUCUGCCACCCCAUCAAAGCCCAGUUUCUCUGCACAUUUUCCAGAGCCAAAAAGAUCAUUAUAUUUGUCUGGGCCUUCACAUCCAUUUAUUGCAUGCUCUGGUUCUUCUUGCUGGAUCUCAAUAUUAGCACCUACAAAGGUGCCAUUGUGGUAUCCUGUGGCUACAAGAUCUCCAGGAACUACUACUCACCUAUAUACCUAAUGGACUUCGGUGUUUUUUACGUGGUACCAAUGAUCCUGGCCACUGUGCUCUAUGGAUUUAUAGCCAGAAUCCUCUUCUUAAACCCCAUUCCUUCUGACCCUAAAGAGAACUCUAAAAUGUGGAAAAAUGAGUCAACCCAUCAGAACAAGAAUUUGAAUGUAAAUGCCGCCAACAGAUGUUUCAACAACACUGUGUCUUCCAGGAAGCAGGUCACCAAGAUGCUGGCAGUGGUUGUAAUUCUGUUUGCCCUUUUAUGGAUGCCCUACAGGACUCUUGUGGUUGUCAACUCAUUUCUCUCUAGCCCUUUCCAGGAAAAUUGGUUCCUGCUCUUUUGCAGAAUUUGCAUUUACCUCAACAGUGCCAUCAACCCAGUGAUUUACAACCUCAUGUCUCAGAAAUUCCGUGCAGCCUUCAGAAAGCUCUGCAAUUGCAAGCAGAAGCCCACAGAAAAACCGGCCAGCUACAGCGUGGCUCUAAAUUACAGCGUCAUCAAGGAGUCAGACCGGUUCAGCACAGAGCUGGAUGACAUCACCGUCACUGAGACUUACGUGUCAACCACAAAAGUGUCAUUUGAUGACACCUGCUUGGCUUCUGAGAAAAAUGGAUCCCAUUCAUGUGCAUAUUCUUUGACUGCCAAACAGGAGGAAAUAUGA